CAUCCCUGCCCGCUGCACUCGGGGAGUGAUUCCUGAGAACUGGCUUGUCCCUCUGUGCUGUUCUGUUUGCUGGCAAUCGCACUCCACAUGGCUCGGCAGUGUUUCCACAGUGAAUAUUUUGACAGUCUGCUGCAUGCUUGCAAACCUUGUCACCUUCGGUGUUCCAACCCUCCUGCGCCCUGUCAGCCUUACUGUAAUCCACGCAUGACCAGUUCAGUGAAAGGGACAUAUACUGAUCUCUGGACAUUCCUGGGCUUGACCUUGAUCAUUUCUUUGGUACUUUUCACACUCGCAAUCUUGCUGAGGAAGAUGAACCCUGAAGCUCUGAAGGCCAAACUUCAAAACCCAGGAUCGGUUCUGCUGGACAAGGCCAACACUGCCCCGACUGAGAGCAGGGCUGGCGAUGAAAGGACUCCUCCCCAGAGCCUGGAGUACACAGUGGAAGAGUGCUCCUGUGAGGACUGUGCCAAGAGCGACCCCACCGUCGAUUCUGACCAUCUCUUCCCACUUCCAGCCAUGGAGGAGGGUGCGACCAUUCUUGUCACCACAAAAACGAGUGGCUAUGGCAGGAACAUGCCAACUGCUUUGGAAAGUGUCCCAGGGCUGGAGAAGUCACCUCUUUCUAGAUAGUGACCUUUCUGAUGGUAUGAGCCACUGUGAGAGCCUUUGUCAGAAGAAGAGCUUGCUUUAGAUGUCCUCAGGGUGAUGGUCUUUCCACCCAGAAUACAGCCGUUUGUCCUUUAA